UCCUGCUCUGGGGAGCCUGCGGGUCCGCGGAACGCUCGAUGGAGCUCUAAGGGCGCUCGUCUGGGGGCGCCUGUCCCCCUUUCCGAUCUGCCCGUCACUGGGCACCCAGCAGUAGCUCGCGGGCCGGCGGUCUCCCACUGAGCGCCAGCUGGGUGGUGGGGGGGGCCUGGGCUUCUUGCCAGGCCUCAUGCUGGUCUUUUCCACACUGGUAUGUGGAGGGGCCGGGCCGGGUGGUGGUCCAGGUUCUGCCCUCCCCACUGAAGGCCCCUUCCAUGCAGGCGGCACCCGCCGGGCCCAGCGCCAUGCACACGCUUGUGUUCCUGAGCACGCGGCAGGUGCUCCAGUGCCAACCUACUGCCUGCCAGGCCUUGCCCCUGCUGCCGAGGGAGCUCUUUCCCCUGCUGUUCAAGGUGGCUUUCAUGGACAAGAAGACGGUCGUGCUCCGGGAGCUGGUGCACAAGUGGCCCUUCCCACUGCUCAGCUUCCAGCAGUUGCUGCAGGAGUGUGCCCACUGCAGCCGGGCGCUGCUGCAGGAGCGGCCCAGCACGGAGAGCAUGCAGGCGGUGAUCCUGGGGCUGACUGCACGGCUCCACACCCCGGGGGCCGAGGCCAGCGAGCAGCCCCUCUGCAGGAAGCACACACUGCGGGUGCUGGACAUGACGGGCCUCCUGGACGACGGCGUGGAGCAGGAUCCGGGCACCAUGAGCAUGUGGGACUGCACAGCAGCGGUGGCCCGCACCUGCAUUGCCCAGCAGCAGGGGGGCCCGGUGGGGCCUGGGCCAGCCCCGGUGCCCGUGGAGGUGCGGGUGGACCUGCGGGUGAACCGGGCCUCCUAUGCGUUCCUGCGAGAGGCGCUGCGCAGCAGUGUGGGCAGCCCCCUGCGACUCUGCUGCCGGGACCUGCGGGCCGAGGACCUGCCCAUGCGCAACACGGUGGCUCUGCUGCAGCUGUUGGACGCUGGCUGCCUACGCCGUGUGGACCUGCGCUUCAACAACCUGGGUCUGCGGGGCCUGUCAGUCAUCAUCCCGCACGUGGCCCGCUUCCAGCGCUUGGCCAGCCUACGCCUGCACUAUGUGCACGGGGAUUCGCGGCAACCCUCGGUGGAUGGGGAGGACAACUUCCGCUACUUCCUGGCCCAGAUGGGCCGCUUUGCUGGCCUGCGGGAGCUCAGCAUGGGCUCCUCCCUCCUGUCGGGGCGGCUGGACCAGCUGCUCAGCACCCUUCAGAGCCCCCUGGAGAGCCUGGAGCUGGCCUUCUGUGCUCUGCUGCCUGAGGACCUGCGGUUUCUGGCCCGAAGCUCCCAUGCCGCCCAUCUCAAGAAGUUGGACCUGAGUGGCAAUGACUUGUCUGGUGGCCAGCUGGAGCCUUUCCGGGGUCUGCUGCAGGCGGCUGCCACCACGCUGCUACACCUGGAGCUGACUGAGUGCCAGCUCGCCGACUCGCACCUGCUGGCCGCCCUCCCCGUGCUGACCCGCUGUGCACGCCUCCGCUACCUCGGCCUCUACGGCAACCCGCUGUCCACGGCGGGGCUCAAGGAGCUCCUGCGGGACUCGGCGGCGCAGGCUGAGCUGCGCACGGUGGUGCACCCCUUCCCUGUGGAUUGCUAUGAGGGCCUGCCCUGGCCACCGCCCGCCUCCGUCUUGCUGGAGGCUUCCAUCAAUGAGGAGAAAUUCGCCCGGGUAGAGGCCGAGCUGCACCAGCUACUGUUGGCCUCUGGCCGUGCCCAUGUGCUCUGGACCACGGACAUCUACGGGCGCUUGGCUGCAGACUACUUCAGCCUGUGACCGGCUCUGGGGGAACUCCUGGGGCCGGGCGGCAGAGCCUUCCCUGCUGGAGGCUGGUGCCGGACACAAAAGCGUGGGUCUCCGGCCUCCUCGCCUCGCACUGCUUUCUGCUGCGGUCCCUGCACCGCAGCUGCUGAGGCUGGACGCCUGCCCUCUGCUGACCUUGGGCCAGCCCCUUGGUGCGUGGUUUGGGCUCUGGUUGUGAGCUGGGAGGGUGUUGUGGGGAACUCCCCAGAGCCGACUGCUCUGGGGCUGAGUUGGGGCCGCCUCCAGGAGGCCUGGGCCCACUGCACUGCGCCCAGCUCCUCUUAUCCUUGUCCUGGCACUUAGGGCCCUGUUUGGGGGCAGAGUAUGAUUAAGGAACAGAAGUGAAGUGUGUCUGGAACUUGAAUUUGCGGUUGCUUAUUCUGCCUUAAUCCUGCAGAGCCGACGUGUUCCCCCCCACGGGGCCACCCUGGCAUCCUGCCAGCAGUCUUGGGGUGCCCCGGCAGGGCUGGAGGUCGGG